GUUGCGACGCGUGCUGGCUUGCUGGGUUUGAACUAUUGAAAAGAGUAAAAACUCUGUCAACUGCAAAAAAAACCCUAGAAUAACUCUCACUCUCGGAGACAAUACACUGCACAUAAGCAAAUAUGCCUCCAAAAGCAUCGAAAUCAAAAGAAGCUCCAGCUGAGCGACCAAUCCUUGGUCGAUUCUCUUCUCACCUCAAGAUUGGAAUCGUUGGAUUACCCAAUGUUGGCAAAUCUACUCUUUUCAACACACUAACAAAGCUGUCAAUUCCUGCUGAGAACUUCCCUUUUUGUACUAUUGAGCCUAAUGAGGCGCGGGUUAAUAUCCCCGAUGAGAGAUUUGAGUGGCUUUGCCAACUGUAUAAGCCAAAAAGCGAGGUCUCAGCUUUCCUAGAAAUCCAUGAUAUAGCUGGACUAGUUAGAGGUGCUCAUGAAGGGCAAGGCCUGGGCAACAGUUUCUUAUCUCACAUCCGUGCAGUUGAUGGCAUUUUUCAUGUGUUACGUGCAUUUGAAGAUCCAGACAUUAUUCAUGUUGAUGACUCUGUGGAUCCUGUGAGAGAUCUAGAGGUUAUUGGUGCUGAGUUACGGCUAAAGGAUCUUGAAUUUAUUGAGAGAAGAAUAGAGGAUAUUGAGAAGAGCAUGAAGAGGAGCAAUGACAAACAGCUAAAAAUAGAGCAUGAGAUGUGUCAAAAGGUCAAGGCAUGGCUUGAAGAUGGGAAAGAUGUCCGCCUAGGAGACUGGAAAGCUGCUGAUAUUGAGAUAUUGAAUACAUUUCAAUUGCUUACUGCCAAGCCUGUUGUUUACCUGGUUAACAUGAAUGAAAAGGAUUACCAGAGAAAGAAGAACAAGUUCUUGCCCAAGAUUCAUGCUUGGGUGCAGGAACAUGGGGGUGAAACAAUUAUUCCUUUCAGCGCUGCGUUUGAGAGAAACCUUGCUGACAUGACACCAGAUGAAGCAGCUAAGUAUUGUGAGGAGAACAAGGUGCAAAGCGCCCUUCCAAAGAUCAUUAAGACUGGAUUUUCUGCAAUUAAUCUUAUAUACUUCUUCACUGCUGGCCCUGACGAGGUAAAGUGCUGGCAGAUCAGAAGGCAAUCAAAGGCCCCUCAGGCUGCAGGGACAAUCCAUAGUGAUUUUGAGAGAGGUUUUAUAUGUGCUGAGGUAAUGAAAUUUGAGGAUCUCAAGGAGCUGGGCAGUGAGUCAGCCGUUAAGGCGGGUGGAAGGUAUAGACAGGAAGGAAAAACUUAUGUUGUCCAAGAUGGAGACAUAAUAUUCUUCAAAUUCAAUGUUUCUGGGGGUGGAAAGAAGUGAUAUAUUCAUGGUGGGCUGUGGGGAUAACUUACUGAGUGAAAUUCGAUUGGGUACGAUUCAUCGUUUUGUGGCCACACCUUUUAUGACAGAAAAGAGAGGCUCAAAGCUUUGAGCAUUUCUAUCAUUGGAUUUGAUUUGAACUGUAUGUUGGUGGAUUCCAUCAACAUUAAUAGUUUCUAUCAUAGAAAUAUUAUUCCAAUCUAAGGAUGGAAGCUCUAGCACCUGGCUUCCAAAGUCUCCAUAGCCUCGGCCAUUCGACAAAGAAAAUAUAUUUGUAUCCUGUUUUUGUAGUUUGUAGAACUUUUUGUAAGAAUGAGUGCAAAACAUAGCAGAGCCUAUAGAUGCAGGCACGAAUUGCCCACUCCCUUUCAUAUUGGUACGUGCAAAAAAUAGGCCAAUGCUGUUACUUUUUGCUCAA